CUUUUCGUGCCUCUUCUUCCGGCUCUCCCUACCGCAGCAACCUUCACGUCCACCCCAUCAUGCCUCAAGACAAAGUACCCUCCGAGGCCUAAACCCCCGCCAGAUGAAGAGAUCACCGAGGCCUAUCUAAAGGGCAGCGGUCCAGGUGGCCAAAAGAUUAACAAAACCAACUCCGCCGUCCAACUCAAACACAUCCCCACCGGCAUCGUCGUCAAGUGCCAGGAGACCAGGUCCCGCGAGCAGAACCGCAAGCUGGCCAGGGAGCACUUGGCCGAGAAGAUCGAUGACUUCCUCAACGGCGAGAAUAGCCGCUCCGCCGUCGUCGCCAGGAUCCUCGCCAAGAAGAAGGCGAGCGCGCUAAAAAAGAGCCGGAGGAAGCAUCGCCAGGCCGCUGAUGGGAAGGCAAGCGACGGGGGGGAGGAUGAUAAUGAG